AUGAGUGUUGUCUUAGGUACCCAAGGGACGCCAAAGAGGCUCCGAAGUACGUCGAAUGCGGCUAUGACGAGCUCUGAGCGCUUCGGGGCCUCCUUUCUGAGUUUUGUGACGAGCUCAGUUCGGUGGACCGGCCAGGUCGCGGUUCACUCGGGAACUGCACACCGAAACGCAUGCGCGUGGCGGACACGCGUGGCUGGUGGCCUUAGCUACGGCGCGACCGCUGCUCGUGGUGUAGCCGGCACGCGACCGGCCUCUAUGGGGAGGUCGAGGGUACGUCUCCGGCGCCGCGUUCUGAGUGCAACAGCCAGCACCGGGCCACGCGCGGAGCACUCGAACGAUACUCUGAGGCCGCUUCCUGAUGGACUUUGGCAGGACUCGAGGUCUCCGACCGCUGAAACUGGUGAUUCGCUUCUCAAAGCCCGGGUUGCAGACCGCGAGGCCUGUGUCGCUACUAUCAUGGGCCCCGGUUGCGUCCCGGCCGGUGGGGUCUGGACCGAUACAACCUCGCGACGCGAGGCUGUAACGGUUCCCCUGGGCUACACGGUGCGUGAGUGCAAGGGCCUCCUCUGGCAGCUCCAUCGUGUCCAUGAUACCGCCCCAGUACCCGAUCCUGCGACAGUGAAUGGCACCGUCCGGGACAGCAACUCGCAAGCACCAGGCUCCCUACAGCUCCCGAUAACUGCCGCAAUGCAGGUAAGGAAUCAGAGUGCCCCUGUUUUGGAUGCACUCUACGUACUGGACCCGUGCACGUCGGGGCUUGUGGGAUUUCUCUCUUUGGAGGAUCUCUUGCUUGCCGCGGAUGAUGAACAGAAAAUUGAUCAGUUUGUGCGACAAUGCUCUGUUGUGCUUUCGGUUGACGAGGAGUUUGAGGCAGCAGUUCGGCGCCUGCGGAACGUUGGAGCACUGACUGCCCCUGUUGUGGAUCGUGAGAUGCGUCUCGUAGGGCUCGUUACCGCAGCGGAUAUCAUUCGGGAGAUGGAACUUGAAGCAACUGACGACAUCCUUCGCUUUGGUGGUGUCGAAUCACCUUUACAGAGAGAUGACAUAGAGUCGUACUUUCAGACGAGCACACGAUCCUUCGUAAUUGGUCGAUCUGCAUGGUUGGUUGCUCUUCUGCUUCUCCAGUCAUUGAGCUCGAUUGUAUUGGGCCAGUAUUCGGCCCUCAUUGAACGUCACGUCGUGCUCGCACUCUUUCUAACGAUGAUGGUUGGUGCCGGUGGUAACGCCGGUAACCAAUCCAGUGCCCUGGUGAUACGAGGGCUCGCCACCGGAGAGAUCAGCCCUGCAAAUGCGGGUCGUGUCAUCCGGAGGGAACUCCUCGUCGGGUGCGCUAUAGCCACGAUCCUUUCAGCAGUUGGCUUUACGCGUGUAUAUAUCGGGGGCGGUGACUUUUUGGCCUGUGUAACUGUCUCAACCUCUCUUUGGAUAACCGUUUUCACUGCAGUUCUAAUCGGAACAAUUGCUCCGCUCAUCCUGGCUCAGAUGGGAUUGGAUCCAUGCCACUGCGCGAGCCCACUGCUCAGCACGCUUACAGACAUUGGCGGUGUGCUUGCUCUUUGUCUUGUGGGCUCAAUCAUACUCGGAAGCCUGUAG